AUGCUCUACAAUGCCCUCAUUCGCACCCACCACAUCACAUCUCGCAAGAAAGUGUCUGCCUUGAAACGCGCAGCGGACAUGCACAAUUGUUUCGUACUUCUUCGUUCCGGAGGCUGUCCGGGAAUCAUGUAUGUUGAAGCGGAAGGCAAAGACUCUGUUGAGUCAUGGGUCAACGUGGUACGCAAUCUGCGGUAUAAAGACUUUCAGCUCGUAAGCCGGCCGGGGGUGGUGACGAAAGAAACUCAAGGCGAAGAUUCCCAGGUGAAUGGACAUGCUCGAAGCUCGAAACCAGCAGCGAGACCCAUUGUCGGACUAUCCGAAGUCGAGACAGCAAAGAGUUUGGUGGUUUGA